AUGGCAAAUGGAUAUAAUGGAUGGACAGCUAUUGCUUUUGUUAUAAAUUGUAUGUUGGGAUCUGGUAUAAAUUAUAUGCCGGCAGUGUUUAAUAAUUCUGGUAUUGUUUUGGGUAUCGGCAUAUUAUUUAUUGUUGGUUGUUUAACUACUUUCUCAAUAUACGCUCUUUUUAGAUGUUGUUUUAAAUCAGAGGCUUUUCUUGAUAAUGUCGAAUAUGGUGGUUUAGGUAAAUUGAAAUACAAGCAUUUAGGAAUUGUAAUCGAAUUUACACUUUUGAUUGCAUCGAUACUAUCCGCACUUGGUUUUCAAAAAUAUGCUAGUGAACUGAUAACAAUUUUUAUUUCUAGAUUUUAUUCAAUUGAAUCUCCUUCUUUUACUAGAUGUUUAAAUGUUGUUGUUUUAAUGGCUACAACACUGAUAUUGACUGGUCUCUCAAUGAUACAAAAUCUAAAAAGAUUUAAAAUACUAUCUUACUUAAGUGUGUUUUGUAUCUUUUCUUUAAUGGUAAUUUUAACCUUUUUAAAUAUAUCAAUACCUAAUUUAUCAUCAUAUACAUCUGUAUCUGAAACUUCUUCUAUUGAUUUCAACUUUAUAUUAUCAUUUUGUAUAUUGGCUAUGUCUGUACAAGCAAAUAUUCCUUAUUUAUACACAAAACUUGAAAAUAUAACGAAAAGUUUAUUACUAUUUAUCGCCGCUUUAUCGUCAUUUGUAGGAUUUAUGGUGUAUGGAUUAGCAGGUGUAUUAGGAAGUAAAUUAACAGGAUCUUCUAUUGGCCAUAAUGAUAUUAUAAAAUACUUUUUAGAUAAAAAUUCUGCAUUGAAUUUAUAUAUCGCUAAUAAUAAUGAUCUCAAUCCAUCAUUUUCUAAUCUUUUGGUGGGUUUAAUACUAUAUCAAAGUUUAUGUGCUAUUGUUAUUUUAAUUUCCGGUUUUCCGCUGCAACUUGCACCAGCAGUAAGAUUUUUUAAAAAAUAUUUACCGUUUAAAAACGCAAAUAUUAGCAGUACACACAAUAUUAUAGUAUUAAUAUUAUUAACUUUUUUAACACUCAUAAAUAUGAUACCGAACCUAUCUUUAAAUUUAAUUUUUGAAUUGUUAGGACCUACAGCUAUAGGCUUUUUGUGCUACUUUUUCCCAUUUUUACUUUAUUACGCUUAUGCGGAGGAUAAAUCUAAAUUUAAAAAAAUGCUUGCAUUGCUCAUAAUGUUAUUCAGUGUCAUUUACUCCAUAUAUGGUGUUACCUGUGCUAUUAAAAAGGCUUUACAUGAAUCUGAAUACGAUGGUAAAAAAAAUAAUUUAAUUGAUUUUGAAUAUUAUGCUGAACAACUUAAUUCUACUACGAUAGCAAGUCCAACAAUAAAUUAA